AUGAUAAGCUUAGAAAGAGAACAYCGACAUCAAAAGGUAGUAGAGUUCACAAAUGACAACAACAAACAAGCUAAAGAUAUUUCUGUUCGUGAUUAUGAGGAGAAAUUAAAAGGUUUGAAAUGGUCUACUAAAGAAAGCGAAAAUCAUUUCAAAUGCUCAUAUUGCAACAAGAAAUUCAAUCAUAGAGGUAAUUUUAAUGUUCAUAUAAGAACACACACUGGAGAGAAGCCGUUUGGAUGUUCCUACUGCAAAAAGAAAUUUGCCGUCAGCACCAGUUUAGGAAAGCACUUAAGAAGGCACACUGGAGAGAAACCCUUUGGAUGCUCUACUUGCAAAAAGAAAUUUGUAGAGAGCAGCUCUUUGAAAAUUCACAUAAGAUCACACACUGGAGAGARGCCCUUUGAAUGUUCUUACUGCAAAAAGACGUUUUCACAGAAGGGUAAUUURACACGUCACUUACAAGUACACAUUGGURAGAAGCCUUUUGAGUGUCCACACUCAGGAUGCAAAAAGAACUUUUUUGACAAGGUCAAUUUAAAACGUCACUUACGACUUCACAAUGGAGGGAAACCAUUUGAAUGUUAUUACUGCAAACAGAAAUUUUCAUAUGAGGGUAAUUUAUCACGUCACUUACGAAUACACGAUGAAGGAAAGCUAUGA